AAAUGUUUCAGGAAGUAUCGGUAGCUACCAGGAAGUUGUAAACAAUAAACACAACAACGAAGCUAGCUGGCUUUUACAUUGUACUGAAUCUGUGACCGCAACGAAGUAACGUUCGUCGUUGAAGAGCAGGUUGAAGAUAAAUAGAAAAUGGCAAGAGCUAAUUUGAACAUCUGAUGGUGCUGUGUUAUUAUGGUCACUCUCGUGAUGUUAGCUUGUGGCUCUGUUUUGACAAGUAGAUAGCUACUGUAGAUUGCAAUCAACCACAUUACUCGCUAUCAACAAGGAUCAAUAACUAGCUAAACCUCCAAUAUAACAUUGGACGUGGAAACGUCGAAUUUGUGGCUUCUCUUUUAUAAUUCACCUGCUGCUAACUUCCAGCUAACUGUUGAUAGCUAGUCAACGAACUAGCUAGCUAUUUAGUAACAAUAACAGUGAACGGUUAGUUAGCUAAAUAGCGUUUUAAAUAACGUUAGCGUCAGAUCAGCUACCAUUGCUACAUUGAUCGAUCUGUUCUGACGCACAUUUCCUCUGGACAUUGGGGUUCGAAAGCUAGAAGAACAGUAUUUAAAGAGCAUGUCUACCUCCAACUUCAAAAACAAAUGUGUCACUCAAGUGAAUUGUAUAUACUGUGAGAGUCUACUCUGCACAAGAGGAAUGAAGGCAGUACUUCUCGCAGACACAGAAAUUGAGCUGUUCUCUACUGACAUACCGCCCAACAGAAGUGUUGACUUUGUGGCCAGCUGCUACUCUACAGAGAGCUGCAAAUGCAAACUGAGAGACAUCGCCUGUCUGAAAUGUGGUAAUUUUGUGGGGUAUCACGUGGUAGCCCCAUGUAAGCCCUGCCUGCUGUCCUGUAACAAUGGCCAUUUCUGGAUGUUUAACAGUGAUGCUGUGUCCACCCUUAACAGAUUGGAUCCUACAGGUUUGAACCUAUUGCUGUGGGGAGACCUUCCCGAGCUAGAGGACAGCGAGAACGAGGGAUCAGACACCCCAUCGGAGGAGGAGUGCAUCAGGUAGAGAGAGAUGGAUGACCGAUGGAAGAGAAACAGAAGAGGCCUUACCCUGUGACCAUACCCCCCCCCCUUCCCAAAAGCACACAAUCCUCACGCAUUCUACGCAUUCACACAUUUCGGUUACACGUUGGACAAGUAACCGAAAGGUUGCAAGAUCGAAUCCUCAAGCUGACAAGGUAAAAAUCUGUCGUUCUGCCCCUGAACAAGGCAGUUAACCCUCUGUUCCUAGGCCGUCAUUGAAAAUAAGAAUUUGUUCUUAACUGACUUGCCUAGUUAAAUAAAGGUUAAAAAAAUAUACAAUUCUAAAAUCUCUCUCUCUCUCUCUGUGGGGGGGAAUCAAUGGUAGAACUGGACUGUUGGAACUGCCUUCUCUUAAACUCACCACUGAAUCCCCAUUCAAACAAACUCAUUAGCUUUCGGUUUCCCUGGCGGAUGGAUGUCUUAACAUUUCGCAUGGCUGUUUUAUACCCUUUGGGUAGCCUAUUGCUAUUGGAUGCUGGAUUGAACUUUGUACGUUGUAUUUAAGGUUUUCUUCAGUCCUUUGUUAGUGCUUGAACAAUCGAUUACAAUGAUGUUGUGUUUAGGUUUUAGAAACUGACAUUGUUGACCUUGAGUAUUUGCCAGUUAUCUUGCUUUGGUCUUUCAUGAAGAGGGCCAGUGUCACCAACAGAUGGUACUAGUACAUAAAGUAUAGGUACGUGUUUGGUUCUAGGGCUCCUCAGUGAUGGGAUAGAGGGUACUCAAUGAAAAUAGAGGAAGCCCAAUUACACACAUGGCAAAAGGAGCUGGAAAGAAAAUACAUGAUCAGGAAAGGAAAGUCAAUGUCCACUCAUUCUUACAUUGUUGAUAUAGGAAAAACAUUGCAGCAAAAACAGUGAAAGAAAAUGUACCUUAUAUUCCGAGCAGAUAUCCUAACCCUGUAUGAUUCAACGCUGAACUGUUGUGUGCUUGAAAGAGCACAAUGAAUGAGUAUAUAGACAUAUCUUAAAGUAGCAUUUAAUAUACCUCCCAGUUCAAACAGACAAGCUAUGCCUGUAUUAACAAGGAUAUGUUGAAGCUCCAAUUGAAAGGUAUUUGUUUUGUGGUCAUAACUGACAGUAUAACAGAUGGACGUACACACCAAAUACCUGAGAUGGCAGUCACCAAUUAAGAUUCCUGUCUUUGUAGCAAUUAUUUAUUUAAGUUAUGUUCUAAGCUCUGGCUAAGUGUAUUGCAUCUUGUGAUAUGAUAUACAAAAUUAAUAGCCAAUUAUGAUCAAAAUCAUACAGACCAAAUAUCUUUAACCACUUAUUUUCCUUUUGUUUACAAUAGUUUUCUUUUAUUUACAAAAGCAAUGUUUUGUAGUGUGCUGUAUUUUUUUCUGUUUCUCUUGUCUGUUUCUAUUUGACAUUUCUCUAGCAUUUGAGUGUUUUAUGUUUGGAGGCUGAUAGUUUUUUUUUUUUUUACCUUAGUGAAGGUAGCUAGUGAUCAGCUGAGAGCUUCCUAUGGCAUAGACCAUAGUUGGGAGAUAUUCAACCACUAUCAAAAGUGUUUAUUUUUUAAAUAUUUUUUUUUAUCUGACUUUAAUAUGAUUAAUUUAAGUAGUGUGGUUUUAUUUAUCAAUUUGUAUUUAUUUAUUAACAAACAUAUUGCUGUCUUUAUACUGAUGUUAUUUGCCCUGCUGAAAAAAUAUAUUUUGAAAUGCCA